AUUCGAAUGGAGGCGGACCGCAAAUAGAUUUGCCGCUAGCAGACAAUUACCGCCAGUUAUCUCCUGGCCUUUCGGAUAAAUCUAUUAUCAUCUCCGCGUGUUUGUAGCCAAAUGAUCGCGCUAGCAGUACCUAUCAUUUUCGUGUUAUAUCUACUUAAAGUGCUCUACUCCAAAUGGAAAGUGUACAAUUACAUAUUGAGUAACUUUUCUAGCCCCCCGAGGCACCCGAUUUUCGGAAUUCUGCAUUUGUUUCCAUCGGACUCACCAGGAAUUUUCAGGACGUUCCAGGAAUUGGUGAAAAACUAUGGGAGGAAUUUCGUCGUAUCCAGACCAAUAUUUGAUGCUUUAAUUGCAAUAUCGGAUCCAGCGGAUAUUGAAACCAUUCUGUCGAACCCCAAUACGAAGACGGCGAAAAAGGCUCGCUUAUAUGAUACCCUAAAACCGUGGCUAGGCACUGGACUUCUCACAUCAUGGGGUGAAAAAUGGUAUUCCCGGCGGAAAAUAAUCACCCCAGGUUUCCAUUUUAGUAUACUCGAAGGAUUUGUCGAAGUAAUGACUAAACAAUCUGACGUUUUAGUCGAGCAUUUGAGAUCAGAAAUUGGGAAGGAUGAAGUCGACAUUUAUCCAUUGGUCAAUGCAUUCGCCCUAGACGUAAUUUGUGAGACUUCAAUGGGAGUGAAGGUGAAUGCGCAAGCAGAUCCCAGGUCGGAAUAUGUAGUGUCUGUGAAAAAAAUAUCUCGAGCAAUACAAGCGAAAAUCCACCAUCCUUUAGGAAAAAUGCCAGUCCUAUACUCGAUGACCAAAAAUGGGCGCUAUUUGCAGCAUUUAACAAACAUCUUACAUGACUUCACGAACAAAGUAAUCAUGGAGCGCCGAGAGCAACUUUUACAUAACAGUAGCCCAGAUAAGGGAAGCCGAAUGAACUUCUUAGAUAUCCUUCUGCACGCCACAGCUGAUGGCAAACCCUUGACAAAUGAUGACAUCCGCGAAGAAGUAGAUACUUUCAUGUUUGAAGGACAUGACACCACAGCUUCGGGCAUUGGGUUCACUCUAUACUUACUAUCGCGCCAUCCAGAUAUCCAAGAUAAGGUUUAUGAAGAGCUGAAGGAUAUUUUCGGAAACGGACAUGAAGCGGAGAUAACGAGCAAAAAGUUAAACGAAUUGGUAUACCUAGAAAUGGUCAUAAAGGAAAGCUUACGAAUGUUGCCGCCUGUCCCUAGCAUAGGGAGGCAAUUGAUGGAAGAUACAAUGAUAGGCGGUGUUACGGUUCCAGCCGGUAUCAACCUUUCUCUUCAAAUCUACGGUGUGCAUCAUGAUCCACGCAACUUUCCGGAUCCCGAGAACUUCGACCCAGAACGUUUCAACACUUCUGGCACGCAGAAUAAACGCACUUUCGCGUAUAUUCCGUUUAGUGCAGGUGGUCGUAAUUGUAUUGGCCAAAAGUUUGCAAUGCUUGAUCUGAAGGCAUGCAUAGCGAAAGUAAUAAUGAAUUUUAGAUUAUUGCCCGGUCCGGAAAUAAUUUUACAAGGCGACCUUAUUUUGAAAUCAUCAAAUGGAAUACGAGUUGGGCUCGAAGAGAGAGAAUGAACCAUUUUAUGUCUAUUUAUUAUUAUUUAAAAAAACAAUCUUAACUUCCUGUCUCUUUACAAAAUUAUCGAUAUUUAUUUAUGUAUGUAGUUUCAUCUCUCUAUAUUGAACGAGAUUCUUUUUAUUUUACCCUGAAUUAUGCCAUUUUCAGGUAAAUUUUACUUUUAAUAAAACGAUUUUCGAAUUCCCAAA